GCAUCUCCAUCUCCCAUGGCACUUCCCAAUUUAUUAUUAGUAUUGGUUGCAGCGACGGCCAUAUAUUUAGUCAAAGGUACGGACCUCAAAGAAACGAAGCUAUCCUUAUACUUGCAAGACAUCUCGGCCUUCGGCGCCGCCAAUGCCACGGCCGUCCCAGUUGCUGGUAUUGCCGGCAAGGAUUGGACAUUCACCCAGUUCGGAACCCUCUACGUCACCGACGACAACAUCACCGAAACCCCAGAUCGGAAUUCAGCCAGAGUUGGGCAGGCACAGGGCAUGUACGUGACGGCGGGGUUGGACGGGUUGAAUUCGCAUGUUAUGGUGUCGAUAGUGUUCACAAAUAAGGAGUACAACGGAAGCACCAUACAAUUGCAAGGUAUUAGCAAGCAAUUUGAGGCUGUUAGAGAGGUUUCGGUGGUCGCCGGAACGGGAAAAUUUCGGUUUGCUAGAGGUUAUGCUACUUUCGAGACAUAUUUCUUGGACAUUCCUGCCCAAUACUCGGUUAUCCGGUGCAACGUCACUGUCCAACAUUACUAG